AUGCAGAUCUUCGUGAAGACUCUUACGGGCAAGACCAUCACCCUUGAGGUCGAGAGCAGCGACACCAUCGAUAACGUGAAGGCUAAGAUUCAGGACAAGGAGGGUAUUCCUCCUGACCAGCAGCGUCUGAUUUUUGCCGGCAAGCAGCUUGAGGACGGACGCACUCUCGCUGACUACAAUAUCCAGAAGGAGUCUACCCUUCACCUGGUGCUUCGACUCCGCGGCGGUAUGCAGAUCUUCGUUAAGACCCUCACGGGAAAGACUAUCACCCUUGAGGUGGAGAGCAGCGAUACCAUCGACAACGUCAAGGCUAAGAUUCAGGACAAGGAGGGUAUUCCUCCUGACCAGCAGCGCCUGAUUUUCGCCGGCAAGCAGCUCGAGGACGGACGUACUCUUGCUGACUACAACAUCCAAAAGGAGUCUACCCUUCACUUGGUGCUCCGCCUUCGUGGUGGUAUGCAGAUCUUUGUUAAGACCCUCACCGGCAAGACCAUCACCCUUGAAGUUGAGAGCAGCGACACCAUCGAUAACGUCAAGGCGAAAAUCCAGGACAAGGAGGGUAUUCCUCCUGACCAGCAGCGCUUGAUUUUCGCCGGCAAGCAGCUGGAAGAUGGUCGUACGCUCGCCGACUACAACAUUCAGAAGGAGUCCACUCUUCAUCUGGUGCUCCGUCUCCGUGGUGGCAUGCAAAUCUUCGUUAAGACGCUCACUGGCAAGACUAUUACGCUCGAGGUGGAGAGCAGCGAUACCAUCGACAACGUGAAGGCUAAGAUUCAGGACAAGGAGGGAAUCCCUCCCGACCAGCAGCGUCUGAUUUUCGCCGGCAAGCAGCUCGAGGACGGACGCACCCUCGCGGAUUACAACAUUCAGAAGGAGUCGACGCUGCAUCUGGUCCUGCGCCUCCGCGGUGGUAUGCAAAUCUUCGUCAAGACUCUCACGGGCAAGACUAUUACUCUUGAGGUGGAGAGCAGCGAUACCAUCGACAACGUUAAGGCGAAAAUCCAGGAUAAGGAGGGUAUCCCCCCUGAUCAGCAGCGCUUGAUCUUCGCCGGUAAGCAGCUCGAGGAUGGACGUACGCUCGCGGAUUACAACAUCCAGAAGGAGUCAACGCUGCAUCUGGUCCUGCGUCUCCGUGGUGGUAUGCAAAUCUUUGUCAAGACUCUGACUGGGAAGACCAUCACCCUUGAGGUGGAAAGCAGCGAUACCAUUGACAACGUGAAGGCGAAAAUCCAGGACAAGGAGGGCAUUCCUCCUGACCAGCAACGUCUGAUUUUCGCUGGCAAGCAGCUGGAGGAUGGGCGCACCCUUGCGGAUUACAACAUUCAGAAGGAGUCCACCCUCCACCUUGUCCUCCGCCUUCGUGGCGGACAGUAG